AUGCGUGAAGCCAUUGAGUUAACAAAAGAUGAGAUGGAAAGCGCCUGUGUGGCUGCGCAAGAAUUACUGCACAGAGAGACUCCAGGAAACACAUUCUAUGAGUUUGCUAAGGACCUUUGUGAUUCCCUAAGAGAACAUAAGGAUGAGAUCUCUCAACUGAGGCACUCAGCAGCAAAUAAUUUGCCCAUUCCGGUGUUCGGAGUCACCUGGAUGGAUGUGGAGUUGUUGGGGAGGGUCUUUAAACAAAAGGGGAUUGUGGUCCGAGACUGUAUCUGUGAUGGGGUGCAUGUGAUAGUAGGCAUGAACAUUCUGCAAGAACUAGAUGGGUUGCUUAUAAAGGAGCUGGGUGAGGGAAAUGAUAAGCACAUAAAUGUCACCCAAGAGGGAUUGAAGGAAGCGCUCAAGUCAUGGGGACUUAAAGAAGAGUUACAAGUCUGCAUAACCACCGACAAUGGCGCAAAUAUUGUGAAAGCAGUGGAAAUUAACGGCUGGACAAGACUGCAGUGCUUUGGUCACAGGCUCCACCUCGCCAUAGAGAGAAGUGUGAAAGACGCCCGUGUUGAACAUGCCAUUGGCAAAUGCAAGAAAAUAGUGAGUGCCUUUUCUUACGCUUGGAAAAGGAAGAGAGAAAUGGCUAAUGCCCAGGCUGAGCUAAACCUGCCUCCUCACCGCCUCAUCACUGAAACACCAACAAGAUGGGGGUCUCGACAACAGAUGAUUCAGCGGCUGCUCGAACAAGAGAAGGCCAUAUCACAGGUCCUGAAAGCAGACAGGAAAACCAGGCACCUGGUACCAACUUGGCAGGACAUUGAUGUGUUAGAAUCUAUGAACAAGACCCUCAGUCCCCUGUUGGAGUUUACAGAUGCUCUGUCUGGAGAAGAGUAUGUGAGUGUGUCGACUGUCAAACCUGUGCUCCACCUUCUAAACACCACAGUUCUUCCUCUAGCUGAUGAUGACAUUGACACAGAACUGAUGAAGGACAUGAAGACAGCCAUCCUCAAUGAGGAAGGAGAACGAAAGUCUCGCUUUCUUUCCACUCCAGAUGAAGGAUCUGAACUUUUUGAUAAUUGA